AUGGAGAAGAUGUGUGACACGACGGAAGGGCUUCUAUGGGUACCUGCUGUUCUUCGGCACUUUGCCGCUCAUCGCCUCAUCCUUGCCAAGAAUAGCGAAGUGUUCGAUCGAAUGCUCAGUCAACGAUGGAAUGGCGAGAAGAAGGAUCUCGAAAUGGUUGAGGAUGCGCCAUGUCAGAAGGUUUUCCCAGCUUUCCUCCGAUUUCUCUACUGCAAUCAUGUGGUGCUGCAUCAAGACAACUGCCUUCCAAUUCUCAUUCUUGCUGACAAAUAUAAUGUGAUCAGCUUGAAAAAGGUGAGUGUUCUGUGGAGGGUUUCGUCAGAAGCUGCUAUACUGUCAUUAUGUCGCUGCAGUACGUGCUCAUACCUUUCCCAUGAUGGAGAGGCGAUGAGUAAUUUGUGGCUGUCCAGAUAUGAAGCAGUAUAA